UCUCACACUCAACACAUUCGACUCCACAUUUCAGCACUCGACUACUCGACCUCUCGACCUCUCAACCUCUCGACCUCCAGUCCCACACUGGCUAUAUAAACUCUCUCGCUUCAUUCAUCUCCAUCUCCCUCCCCUCCCACUCCCACCCCUCGCUCUCGUGCUUGCUCUUUGCAACACCCACACUCCCAUCCACACACUCCACACCUGCUCAUCUCAUACAUCCACACACCACCGUCCAUCGCUCGCUGUUGCAGCCAUGGACGCCACCAACAUUGAUUCACAGGUCCACGACCUCGUCAAGAAUCUCACCACCAGUGAUGCUGACGAAGUUGUCGACGCAGUUGCUACCUACUUUACUUCCGACGCGGUUCUCACCACGCCAAUUAACUCUGUUCAGGGUGCCGACGGCAUCCGUGACGUGAUUAACCUUCACAACGCGUUUGCGCACAAGUGUGUUCCCGGUCCUAUCACCUGGGACUCGAACAACAAGACAGCGACUUUCUCGCUGAAGGGUGUUUAUUCACUCGCUCAUGCCCCUUGGCCUUUUUCGUUACUGCGCCGCUUCGAGAUCCCUGUCAGCUGGACCGACGUCAAGCUUUCCCUCCAGACCGACGAGAGCCAGGCUGUCCACUCCGACAUUCCCGAGCCAGCAAAGUACCGAAUCACCAAUGUCACCGCGGAGGCUCACCCCCCAAAGAACAAGGCGAUUGCCGCCGCCUAUUCAGUUGUGCUGUACACUGUCCGCAUCGUUGCGCCCUACCUUCUUGGUAGCCUUGUGGUCUUCCACAAGUUCUUCGUGCGCCACCCCCUCAAGCACGGCCUCAUUCGUACUGGUGCCGCUGGCGUCGUCGAGGCUCUUAGCUGGGCCCUUCGCCGCGCGACAUCAAAGCUUCCUCUCCUUGGCAGCGGGCGCACCACCCCUCCUCAGCGCAUCAGGGACCCAGAGCGCGUGGCCGCGACGGUCAACCACCCCCCGACCCCCCCUAGCCCUGGGGAGCCUCUUAGUCGUGUGUCGUCCAAGGAACAGUCGUCCAUGGACGAGCCUGUCGCUGCUACACUUCCGCCCGUUGUCGAGCAGGAACUGGUCGCCCACGAUCAACCUGUCGCCACCGGUGAGGCUGCGCUUGAGCGUGACGAAGCCGAGACCCAGCAGCAGGAGCAGGCCGAAGAGGUGAAAGAGACCGCCGCACUCCAGUCUGAGGUUGAGGCUGUUCAGUCUCGCGCCCAGCCCAAGGUCGAGCAGAUCAAGGCCGAGGAGGAGGACGAGCACAAGGUCAAGGAGGACGCGGCCGCCGCGUCCACGCUCGAAGCAACACUGGCCCGGGAGGAGACCGCCGAGCUGACCGAGGAGACCAAGGAGGCCAACGCACUCGAGGAGGAGGUCGCCAAGAUCCAGGCUCGCGGUGAGCCUGUAGCUGAGCCCCAGUCCGUCGAGGCUGAGGCUGCAACUGAGUCGGAGACUCAAACCUUGGAGGACGACUCCAAGCCCGAGGAGACUAGCUCCACUUACGCAGAUGUCGUCGCCGAGCAGCCUCCUCAGCACACGACAACAGAGAGCAAGGGCGAUUUCCCCGCACUGGCUCAGACUGUCAAGGAUGACGUCGACACUCUUGAGCAGCCUGCGCUUAACUCGACCCUCCCCUCGACUGACGCCGAGGUGACUGACGUCGCCGAAGCCCCCGCUACCCUCGCUGCUAAACUGGUCGAGCCUGGAACGCCCAGGGACGCCACCACACAGCACAAGGAUGCUGAGACCGCCAAGGCCGCCUCCUUCGCGGCGAUCGCUGCCAAGGCCGCAGAGAAGGACUCCAACAUGGAGGAGACUGAGACGGGAGAGCCGAAGGAAGUGGACAACGAGGUUAAGGAAGCCAAACAUGAGGAGGCCACACCCAUGUCCUUCGCGGAGGUCGCCGCCCACGCGGUUGAGGAGGAGAAGCCCGCUGUCACGGAGCCGCAGGCCUCGAAGUCCACGGAGGAGGGGACACCCGAGAAGGCGAUUCCCAAAGAAACGUCUCCUGAAGCGCUCCAGAUGGAGCGGCCCGAUUCGGAGAAAUCCACGCCUGAGGAUAUUACCCUUGAGGAGCCGGCUCAGCUCUCGUUUGCCGCUGUGGCUGCUAAGGCCGCCGAUCAUGAGGAGGCCCAGGCCGAAGAGCCGGCCCUUAUCUUUGCUCCCGCGGUUUCGGAGAGCUCGCCUCACCACGACAUCACCGAGGCGAAGGAGGACUUCCCCGCCCUAUCGGCUAGUGACAACCUACCUGAGGAGGGUGUUGCCGCGCCGCCCGCCCCUUCCGCUCCGCUCGCUCACUCCGAGCCGGCCCCAUCCUUUGCCGACAUCGCCGCCCACGCUGCCAGCAUCGACAACGACUCGGUAUCGGGAUCCUCGUCGCUUCCUGGUACUGCGGAGGGCAGUGUGGCUGGUGACAAGAAGAAGGCCACCAAGGGGAAGAACAAAAAGCAAAACAAGAACAAGAACAAGAACAAAAGACCGCCGUCUGCGUAAGAAGGAAGGCACAACCAGCGACGAGUGAACACUGCGACCCUCGCAACCUCGCCCACAUGUGAACAGGCCUUGAGGUCAUGAUCUCCUCACGUUGGCAUCGUCGAUGCCUCCACACCGCGUCACGAUUGUAGCAUAGUCAUUGUCUUACCUUUGGUCUGCAUGUGCAACUGCAGACAAUGCAUCAGUAUCUAUA